AUGUCUGAAGGAAUGACAGAAGAAAUUGAUGCGCGUGGAACCAAACGCAAGCGUGAAGCCAAUGGUACUAGAAGACGGACUUCUCUUGCAUGCGACAUCUGUCGAAAACAGAAAGAAAAGUGCGAAGGUGGUCAACCAUGUUGGCGGUGUCAGCGGCUAGAUCGACGCUGCGAGUUCUCAUCUCAGUCGGGUCCUCUAAAGCCCCGUCAUUCGCUUCAUCUCUCGCCAACACCAAAAAGACUCAAUGAACACCAACGGAAUUUGGAAAUCAUUGUAGAGCAUUUUCUGGGUGACGUUUCAUUGGAUGAGGAAAAUAUUGCACGAAUCGCGGCCAAGUGCACAUCAGAGACCAUGGAAAUCGAUACAUUUGAUGACAUGAAUGAAUCACCCCACGUUCAUUUUGUGUCAAGUAAUGUUGCAUUCUACUCGGGUGAGUUCUCUCACUGGAACUUCUCUGAGAAGUUACGCCGCACCAUGAGAUGUCGAAAUACAGCCGACUCAAGUGUCAAAGAGUACUGGCGAGCAACUCAUCUACAAUCUUCGCUUCACACCGCUGCUGAAGCGAUGACCCAAUUACCGCCAAGGCCGAUCGCAGAAUUCCUAGUUGGUUUAUUUUUCAAGUAUACCGAACUCAAUUCCUUCUACGUGGAGAGGAGAUGGCUGCAGGAGAAGCUUCAACUAUGCUAUAAUCCCUCAACGGAAUUUACAGCUGCAGAUACCCCUUGGGUCUGCACAAUCUUCGCUGUCUUAGCAAUAGGUACGCAGUUUGCGCACAUGGAAGAAGACCGUUCAAGCCCUACUCUCUCAGAAGAAAUCGCGAUUUGCUCAGAAGAUUCGGUUGGACUUGGCUUUUUCCAUGUGGCAUGCAGAUUGGGUCCAGAUGUCAUCCUAGCAGCCUCUUACGAAAGUGUGCAAGCCUUCCUUCUUCUCGCCGUAUACGCGCUUCCGGUAUCCUGUGGCGCCUUCAUUGAAUUAGUCUCUUGGACUGGAGAGGUAGCCGAUGCAUUGGCGAAAUUCAAACGAUGUCCAAAAAGAUUGCUUCUGGAUUAUUCGACGCGCCUUGUGCAACUAAGGACAAAGAUUCGGCAAUGGUGGACUUCUCUUCCCAUCAACAUUCAGUCUAGCGAUAAUCUCCAGGGAACUCUGUUUCGACAAAAUUGCCACAUGAAGCUAUGCUAUCUUCUAAUAUAUAUUUACAUGGGCCGGCCUUUCAUUUUCAAUACUCGGGACAAGGAGAAUCCAUUGGAUCAUCAGAAUGUUGGCAAAACGCAGCAAUCAGAGCUAGUGAAUGAGUGUGUACAGAGUGCACUGGAGAUUAUCGAGGUACUGCAAUCGCUUGCGGAUAAUUUCGGGCUGUGCCGUGCCUCUUAUACCGAGUUCAGCUCAUGCAGAGCAGCUCUUCUUGUAAUACUUGCUGAGAGUAUCAACUCUGGAAGAUCUCAAAAAUUGCGGGACAUCUUGAAUCGCGGCAUGAUUCUCCUUCGUCAAAUGACCGGCGGUACAUCUACACAAUCUGAAAUAUCUUAUAUCGAGUCUAUUGAAGCAGCAAUCCAGGAGUGGUCAUCAAAUGGGAAAUUUCGUGGGCAGGAAGCAAACACAGGGCAGAGCUCUAGGUCGGCCUACGCAACAUUCAAAGAUUGGACCCAGUCGAUGAAAAAAGAUAAGAAUAUUGGUAGCACGAUGGAAUUAUCUUCAUUCAGUCCUAUUUCCCAUAUGACACCGACAUCAAGUGCUGAGAGUGUAUAUCAUUCUGAUAUGAACGACCUGACGGACCUUCUCAAUCCAAACUGGGCAACAGACGAACUGGGUCUGGAUCCGGAUGUUUUCCUGGCUCCAUAG